AAUAUAUGGUAAUGAAGGAGAGUCAACGUUAUGGAAGCAAGUUAAUACAAGGUCGAGAAAUGAAACCAAACCCAUUAAAUAAAAGCAGUUAAACCAACCCUUUCCAUUGCUUUUCUUUGAAAUCUUCCCGCUGACAGAUACCUACCACACUGAAGGAGCCCUCUCAACCCCAGCCAGAACUAAACCAGCUUAGUUCAACCACCUCUAGAUAGUAACGGUGCACCGCCUCUCUUAUUUAAUGUGGUUCCCUAUUUAUACAAUUACAGCCCCAAGAAACCUUAACCAUUUAUAUCCAGCUCUGUCUUUGAGCCAAGACCAGCUAGCAAGACUCUGUUUGAUUUGUUGACAAGUAAGAAAUGGGUUCUGUUUCUUCAUCAACUGUUAUGGCAGAAAAGAUCUCUUGGUACUGUGCUUUGUUGAUGGCACUAAUGCUGGUUUUGAGCUGCUGUGAAGUGAGCGAAACCGAAUUGUCCACGGUUGGGCACCCGAGGUUUUUUGAGAACAAGCCAUGCGAUGAGAUUUAUGUGGUUCGAGAAGGUGAGACUUUAAACACUAUUAGUGAGAAAUGUGGGGAUCCUUAUAUUGUUGAGGAAAAUCCACACAUUCAUGACCCAGAUGAUGUUUUCCCUGGCCUGGUCAUCAAGAUUACUCCUUUAAUCGAUAGGUAUACUCCAGAUGAUGUAUCAUCUCCGAUGAGAUGGUUUGUAUAAUUGCUUUUAAAUGUUUACCUUUAUGUAAUCCUUGAAGACACAAAAACAUGGAGGGAGCUGUGUAUAUUUCUUCUCCUCUUGUGCUUAGACACUUGGUGGUGCUCCAGCUUGUCCUCAUGAAAUCAAUGGAAGAAAUUUUUUUACAGUGUCAA